AUGUUCCUAGCACAUGACAUCGCCGCGAUCGCCAAGUUGGGCGAGAUCACUCCCGCAAACACUGUGGAGUUUACUGAUCUAGUCUGCGAGGCGUUGAUGUACCGACUCAAGUCGUCAGCGGGCCAGGGCAAACGAAAGGAGAAAGCAUCCACGGCCGCGCUUGCGGCCGCUGACCUCCUCAAAUUUGUUAUCGAUUCAAGAUUUAGAUCUGAGUCGAUAGGGUUAAAUGAGAUUAAAGCGGCAGUUCAAUCCAUCGAUCCUCAAGUCAGGCGGAAUAUUAAUUUAAGAAGGUUAUGUUCGUCUAUAUAUGAGGUAAAUGAUCAAGCUCCGAUCGCGAUAAUACCAGGACCUCCGGCAGUUCGUACCAGGCAGGGCGGGAACGUACCUGUGCAGCCUCCCAUCGAUAGGGUGCUUGCUACCCUCGGAAACAUCCAUCCCGGAUGUGCGUUAGUACGAUUGGAGGACGCCGACCGUGAGCUGGCGGAGUCAAUAUUCGAACUCAGUUCAGAAAAAGGGUUUCCUGAGAAACAAAAGUUCAUCAUCCACAACGCAAGAAGCUCCAAGUGGUCUGGAGUGGAGUUGUUGGACAGACUGUUUCAGGACGUAGACCCAUUUGUUACUUUGUCUACUCUAUUGGAGAACAAGUUUCAUAAUGUCGCAUACAAGGGUCCAGGCGAGAUGGUCACAUUCUUUUCAGAAAAGAGAAAAUGUUUUGAACGCCUACCCAAGGCGACUAUGAUACGAUUGAACCAAGGCAAAGAAUUGGAAGUUGCGGUGGAUGAGAAUAUGGCCGUUGCUGGAGUGCAAGUGCCAGGAAGAAAGGUCUCACGGUACAUCGGACUUACACAAUCUCUUGUAGCCAAUAUCAUGGCUUCAGAGAACUCUCGUCUACAAGUACGCCAAGGUUGCCAAGAUAUAAUGUCUCGUGGCGCGGCUUCUGCAUCCGCUUUCGACUUCGGGUUAGUGUCUCAGCAACUUAUAAUGGUUGACAAAUUAGAUGCCGACAAAGAACCGAAAUCUAUGUUGAAAGUAAAUAACAUCACCACCAAGAGCUUUAAAAGGAAGAAUUGGAAAGGGGGAGCAAAGUGCUACAAUUGUGGUGAACCUGGUCAUCGAUACUGGGACUGCUCCAAAGAACUCAAGCCCGAAUUUCAGAAGAAGGUUGAUGCAUUUAACACAAAGCAGAAGAAACGUAAGACGGAGUGA